AUGGAGGGAAUUGCUAUUUGUCAUGGUGGCCCAAAAUUAUCACAUCUCUUUUUUGCAGAUGAUAACUUCAUCUUUUGCAAGGCUUCUUUGGUAGAUUGUGAUGCCCUUCAAGGAAUCUUGAAAGUGUAUGAGCAAGCAUUAGGCCAGCAAUUAAAUCGGGCCAAGACAUCAUUAUUUUUCAAUAGCAACACACCAAAUGCAAUCCAAGAGGAGAUAAAACAAAGAUUUGGAGCUCAAAUUACAAAGCAAAAUGAGAAAUAUCUGGGAUUGCCUUCCUUGGUGGGGAGGAAAAAAAGGAAUACUUUCAAUGAGAUUAAAGAGAAGCUUCGUAAAAAGUUGGCGUGUUGGAAGGAAAAAAUGAUGUCUAAAGUUGAUAAAGAGGUGCUCAUCAAGGCGGUGGCCCAAGCUAUACCAACAUACAACAUAAGUUGCUUCAAAUUUCCAGAUGCACUAUGUGAUAAGUUGACAAGCAUGAUAAGGAAUUUUUGGUGGGGACAAAAGGAAGAGGACAAGAACUCGUCCUUUUAUUGGUGUAGUAUCAUGUCUACCCAAAAUUUGGUUAUAGAGGGUGUGCAAUGGAGAGUUGGUAAUGGAACCAAUAUCUGUAUUUGA